AAAUGCACGAGAGCCGGUCGUGACUGUGACUUUUUUUUUCGCCUGCUCCCUUUCCCCCGAUGCACAUUGUGUUUUCUCUUUGUAAUUUUUCUGUGCCUUUUGUGGGAGGGAAAGAUUUUUUUUAAAAAAAGGCUAGAACGUUGUGAGCGUGAAACAAUCAUUAAGAUGCAUCCCUGUGAACACGUGUCCUGUAGAUAACUCAAAGGGAAUAGCAGUAGUUUAAGAAAGAGACUUUGUUCUUUCUGCGAGUCUGGGAACCAGUUGAUUCUCGUGGCGUGGAUGGAACGCGGCCCCGGGAUUCAGAACGCGGCGCCCGGCGCCGAACCCGGAGCUGGCUGCGGCUGCUAUGGAAACGACAAGGCGCGUGAGCAACCGUCUAGUGUCCAGCUCAGCCUGGAGGAGUCCAGCCUGGCGAGAUCCCGCUGGAAACUGCUGCAGCGGGUGCUGAAACAGAAGAGCAUAGAUCAAGAAAAUCUGCUGCAGAUUUCUAUCAGAAGAUGUUUGACUUUCAAUAUAUUUUCGACAAAUGUAUUGAAGAAAUUGGAGACAGAUUCUGAUAAUGAAAUGUGGGUUGAAUACUCAUGCAUUCCCUAUCCACAGUAUAGGGUGUAUUUAAGACACAGUGUUGGCCCUCUGAAUGUUGAAGAUGUUCUCACCAGUUUUGACAACACAGGAAAUGUCUGCAUCUGGCCUUCAGAGGAGGUUUUGGCUUAUUAUUGUAUAAAACAUAACGAUAUAUUUAGAGGCCUUGCAGUUUGUGAGCUGGGAGGUGGAAUGACAUGCUUGGCUGGGCUCAUGGUUGCUAUUUCUGCAGAUGUCAAAGAACUUCUAUUAACUGAUGGGAAUGAAAAAGCCAUCAAAAAUGUUAGUGAUAUUAUUGAAAGAAAUAAGAAACAUGGACGAUUCAGGUCUUCUUCUGUCUCAAGCCGCAUAAUGCGAUGGGAUAAUGAGAUGGAUGUGUCUCCUAUGGAAGAACGUUUUGAUGUUAUUAUCUGUGCUGAUUGCUUGUUUCUGGACCAGUACAGAGCCAGCCUUGUUGAUGCAAUGAAGAGAUUACUCAAACCUAAUGGAAAAGUGCUUGUGUUUGCCCCUCAGAGAGGCGGUACCUUAAACCAGUUUUGCAGCCUUGCAGAGAAAGCUUGUUUAACUGCCCAGAGGCUUAUGAAUUACGACGACCAUGUUUGGAACUUUCAUCUCAAGAUGAAAGAUGAAAAAAAUGAGAGAUAUGAUGAGAACCUCCACUAUCCUGUCCUCGUCACUCUGACUAAGCAGGAAACAGCCAUCAAUGCCCAACCAAGCUGAGACCUGUGAUGUGCUGCCAUCUUCUUGGUUCCUCUAGCAGCUGCACUCAACAAUAUGAAAGCACAGUUAGGACGCUCAUAUGGAAGGAAUACUUUUGUUGGUGAAGAUUAAGGAAAAUUCACAAGUGUAAACUUACCUCUUUUCUCGCCCAGAAAAUCCACAGAAUUUGUAAUGUUCCAUACUUUUCCAAUUAAAACAAU